UCCAGGCUGAACUUGGUGUGCCCAACAAUCAAAAAAGAUACAGUUGUCCGUGUGAAGAAAGACGCCUGUUUCCCCCAGACUGUGAACAUCAAAGAAGUAGUGCAGCCUACUGAUCACUGCGUUUUCGCCCUUCCCUACCUCGCCAUACUCAUCUGUAAGAAAGUUGAUUGGGCGAGGUAUUGCCUCACAGUCUACCGCAAAGACAGAACACUUCCUCGGAGUAAG